ACCAUGACCAGCUCCAGAAGCUCGGUAGCAGCACUCUGACCGUGGGAAGCGCGAAACCCCUAGCUCUUCCCCAACUCCCGCACUGGAGAACCUGACCGGAUCAACCUGAGCUUCGUGACAGAAAAAUCAAGUGUCGUAUUUUGGUCAAAGGCCCUCAUGUGAUGUACCAACAGACAAAUGUACUCGGGGGAGUAAGCAACCUUUGGAAUUUGGCUACCUCACACCCAGGAUGCAAAUGCCCAGCACGAGCCCUGUGGACACCACCUGAAUCUUUGCACCAUGGAUCAAGUCAGUCCAGCAGGCGGAGAGGGUCUUAAGAGAUAGCAAGAAUAACCAAUAGUGAUCAAACUAUGGAACUGCUUCUCUACAAAGUGACCUGUCCAGGUGCUAACAGUUAAGCCAUAUUAUUCAAAUGGGACCUAUGCAGUUCAUAAAAUGAAAGACUGUGGCCAAUAUGCAAAUGUUACCAGCAUGAGAAGCCCAUCGACAAAAAUAACUGAGGAUUUAGAAAAAUUCAAGAAAUAAUCAUGGACGCUUCCAACUGAAUGACCUAUGUUGUCAAGGAAAAAACAAAAAAGACAAAACCCCAAUAUGGAAACGCACACACCGCCUUUAAUAAAAUUUUAUGAAAACGACACCAAGCAGCUAAAUGUUUCAUCCAACUGCAGCAUGGCAAUCUUGACAGGUGACAAAGACACCUACCAGUUCUAUAUCAUAAGCCUCUUUCUGUCCUGCCUCUACACCAUCUUCCUGUUCCCCAUUGGCUUCAUUGGGAACAUCCUCAUCCUGGUGGUCAAUCUCAACCACCGAGACAAGAUGACCAUUCCAGAUCUGUACUUCGUCAACCUGGCUAUAGCGGACCUCAUCCUGGUGGCUGACUCCCUGAUCGAGGUCUUCAACCUGAAUGAGAGCUACUACGACAUCGCCAUCCUUUGCACUUUCAUGUCCCUCUUCCUGCAGGUCAACAUGUACAGCAGCAUCUUCUUCCUUACGUGGAUGAGCUUUGACCGCUACGUGGCCCUGGCUAGCACAGUGAGCAGCAGCCCGCUACGGACCAUGGAACACGCGAAGCUCAGCUGCAGCCUCAUCUGGGGGGCCUCCAUUCUGGCCACACUCUUGCCUUUCACUAUCGUGCAGACGCAGCACCGGGGUGAGGUGAACUUCUGCUUUGCGAACGUCUUCGAGAUCCAGUGGCUGGAGGUGACCAUCGGCUUCCUGGUGCCGUUCUCUGUCAUUGGCCUGUGCUACUCACUUAUCGUCCGAAUUCUCAUGAGGGCACAGAAGCACCGAGGCCUCUGGCCCCGGAGACAAAAGGCUCUGCGCAUGAUCGUGGUGGUGGUCUUGGUGUUCUUCAUCUGCUGGUUACCUGAGAAUGUCUUCAUCAGUAUUCAGCUGCUGCAGGGCACAGCAAACCCCCUGCAACGCAGCGGCACCACGCUGUGGCAUGACUACCCGCUCACGGGCCAUAUUGUCAACCUGGCCGCCUUCUCCAACAGCUGCCUAAACCCCAUCAUCUACAGCUUUCUGGGGGAGACCUUCAGGGACAAGCUGCGGCUGUUUGUCAAGCGGAAGGCCAGCUGGUCAGUUCUCUACCGGCUCUGUGACCACACCCAGGACCUGCAGCUUCCCAUCCGAAGCGAGGCCUCAGAGGUUUAACUCGAGCAGCCGGCAUGGAAAGCAUCCUUGCCGAGAAGCAUACCGAUCCCAGUCGCCAUGGAAACGAGGUAUCGUGUAAGUUAGCAUGAGUACCGGACAAUCGU